AUGCUCUACAAAAUUUUCCUUGGUCAGCCAUUUUUAGAUCCGGUUCUAUACAACUGUACUGGAACAGAAAUUCAUGUGGAUAGACAUCUGGUGUUGGGUAUACUGUAUUUUUCCAUGGGAUUCAUGGCGCAGAUUUUCUAUCUCUUCGUUCUCAAAACGUUCUGGUUUCAUGAACCAUUCUGGGAACACGCGUGUUAUCGGAUCAUGUUUUUCUUGGGAAUCCCCGACAUGCUCAGUUUGAUAGUCUGCGCGGAGUUCGCUGGAAUCUGGUCGAUUCUCGGAUUACACCCUUGUUACAAUAUGAAAUUCGCUGUAUUCUCCGGGUGUUUGGUGUUCGGGACGUGGCAUAUGAGUUGUUUUUAUGUGUUGAUACUGGCGUUCAACAGGAGUUGUGAGUUGGUGGUGCCAAAGUUUGGGUGA